AUGGUAUUCCGGGAUCUGAAUCCCGUGCUGCACUACUCGUCGCUGCUGCGCCUCGCGCUGCCCUCAAUUCUCCUCCAGAGCGGCGCGCCGCUCGCCAUCACCUUCCAAACCGCGCUCCUCGGUCGCAAGUCCACGGAGAUCGUCGCCGCAUGGGCCAUCGUCGCAACCGCUACGAAUGCCGCUACAGUCGUCUUCAACUUCCUCGUUGUCGGCGUCACUGCCAAGGUCACUAAGGUGGUGGCGGUGGGGGCAUGGGCGCAAGUGGGCGCGCGCAUCCGCCUAGCCUUAGGGAUGGCGCUGGUGAUGGGGAUGGUGGCGGUGGGGUUGCUGCUGGCGCUGCAGCAGCCGCUGUGGCUGCUAUUGGCGGAUACUCCCAAGGUGCUGCCCUUCGCGCGCAGCUACUUCUAUCUCAGGGUCAUUGGCGUGCCUCCCCAGCUGCUUGUCAUGUGCACCUCGGGGAUCCUGCAGGGCUACAAGCGGGUGAACCUAGUGGCAUGUCUGCAGGGAGGUAGAGUCUUGCUAGACGUCUUUGCCUCCUACGUGGCCCUUUACGUUCUUGACUGGGGCCUUGUCGGUGUGGGCCUCGGCACCAUCCUCGCCUCCUCCGUUGUCGCCGCCGCCGCUUUUGUCUGCAUCCUGCUGCUGCCGCCCGCCGAGGGGCGGCACAAGAUCCACAUCUUCACUCCGCUGCUCAGCUCCCUUUCUGGCCGGGCGGCAGGGGGGAAACGUGGCGGGGGGUGCUGGAGUCCCUGGGGGAAUGGGAUCGCUGGUGGUGGUGGUGGCGGUGGUGGCGGUGGUGGUGGUGAUGGGGAGGGAGAGGAGGCGUUGCAUGUGCCUUUGUUAGAUGAGCAUGUGGGGGAGGGGGGGCAGCCGCAAAGUUGGCAGCAGAAUGGGGGAAGGGCGGUAGGAGGGAUGGUAGGAGGAGGGGAGGAGUUGACAGAGGAGGAGGAGAGGGUGAACGAGGUGUUGAAUGAGAGCACGUGGAAGUUCAUCUGGGAUGGGCUCAGCACCAUGCUGCGAUCUGCACUUGUGCAGGCGUCCUUCUUCCUCGUCUUGGCCUGUGCCACAUCUCUUGGAAUGCACGCGGUGGCAGCCCAUCAAGUUCUAAUGCAGCUGUGGAUGAUCAACAUCUACAUCGCUGACGGUUUCGCCACCGCCGGCACCAUCGUCGCCAGCAGCGUCGCGGGGCACUUAGCUAAGAGCCGCACGCCCGCAGAGCACGCAAUCCACUUAAGGGACCUGAGAGAGGCCUGCUGGAGGGUGCUGAACAUGGGGGCGGUGGCGGGCGUGGCGAUAGCUCUGGUGUACCUGGGGUGGCGCGAGCAGCUGAUGGGUCUCUUCACAUUUGACGAGGGGACCAAGCAGGAGCUCAGAGGCGCAUGGCUGUACCUCGCGCUCAUUCAGCCGCUCAACUCCAUUGUGUUUGUGUACGACGGGUUGAUCUACGCAGCACAGGCUUUCUCCUACAUGGCCGCCUUCCUCACCAUCGGCUUCUUCGCCCUCUUCCUCCCCUGCAUCGCGUUGGCGCACUUCUAUUUCAAGACGCUGGUGGCGGCAUGGGGCGGCAUGGAGAGCCAAGGUCAUUCAUGCUUACUCACUGCCCCUCCUCCCACUCUCCCCCUCUCCUGCACUUGCCCCUCUUCCUCUCCCCCAUCUCCCUUCCCCCUCUACCCCCCUUGUUAUGCAGCAUUGGCGCACUUUUAUUUCAAGACGCUGGUGGCAGCGUGGGGCGCCAAGGGAGUGUUGAACGCGGUGCGCUUCUUCGUGGCCGGCUACAAGAUCCACUUCGACUUCCUCUGCCCCACACGCAAGUUUCCCCCCACAACAAACCACCUCACCGCUCCCAACUCCUCCGCUUCUCCCGCUGCUGCUCCUGGAACCGUUCUGCACAGCGCAGCACCUCCUGCGUUGUCUUCCUGGAGUGUGGCUGAGGAAGAGGAGUUGGCUGCAGCAGCGCGUGGGGCGGAGGACGUUUUGUUGCGGCCGUGUUCUGAUAGAGGGCCGUUGCCACCAUUCCCGGAUUUUCAGCAACAUGCAAACGCAGAACAUCUCCCGCACGUUGCGGCACCACCACCGCUCAGCACUUCGCUGGCGGACUUGCCGGGCUGGGCUAAGUCGGUCACACCCAAGAAGGAGUAUCUCGUUGAAACGUACCCUUUUCCGUCCAACUUCUCCUCUCUGACGGACGUCAAGCACGUCAUUAUGACCUUCGCCCCUUCCAACUGCUACCCCAUCUACAACACCACCAACGUAGCCGUUGAACAAGCCGUUCCUGCAUACCUCGACUCGGGCUCAGACAUCUGCCUCUCCUGCUACGUCUACCUCACCUUCUCCUUCCUCGAUGUCGACACGGCGAGUCAGAUCGGCAGCGAGUGCACGGAAACGGACAACGGGAAGCUGCGCGGUUACAUCUGCUCCACGGACGAGGGGGCUGACGUCACGGUGGCGCAGGCGUUUGGGAGUCCGCCGGUGGUGAAUGGCGGCGGGACGUCGGUGGGGUUUCUCUACACGGAGAUGUUUGUGCGCCAGCCCGCUGGCUCCACCAUGCGCCUCCCGUCCGUCCGCGUCGAUCCCCUGGCCAUGAAGGGAAUCGGGUACAUCAUGGUGCCAUCCAAGGGACCCACCCCUCUCCCUGGGACCUUUGACGCCAUGCCCUUCGUUGCAGGCAACAACAGCAAGUCCGUCGGCGUUGGGCUAGUGUUCCCAAUCACCCUGAUGACUCAGGCGUCGCUCGCAACUACCCCGUUCAGCAGCAACACAGUGCAGACAGUCACACCCACCGCCUUCCCUGCGCUCUCCAUGAGCGCUCCUGCCAACCAGUCACUCACUGUCAAUGCCAGCAUUAUCCCCCCUGCUGCUGCCGGUGCUGCUGCUGGUGCUGCUCCCUCCUCGUACAACGUCUCCCUCUACAUCAGCAAGGACGCGCUCCCGGUACGUGACUCUUUGGGAAAUCCACUGUCCGGGCAGCUGCUGUCUGGAGUGUACUGUGUAACCCUGAUGUCAGUGAUGUUCGCUCUCCUCACCCUCCUGCCAGUCCUGUAG